AUGGCGGAGAACGCGUGGGUGAUAUUGAUGGCGGAAAAGGGCGCGGGCGUUUUUAAUGGCGAAGAACGUGCGGGCGUUAUUGAUGGCGGAGAACGCGUGGGUCAUAUUGAUGGCGGAGAACGAGCGGGCGAUAUUGAUGGCGGAGAACGUGCGGGCGAUAUUGAUGGCGGAGAACGCGCAGGCGUUAUUGAUGGCGGAGAACGAGCGGGUGAUAUUGAUGGCGGAGAACGAGCGGACGAUAUUGAUGGCGGAGAACGUGCGGGCGAUAUUGAUGGCGAAGAACGUGCGGGCGAUAUUGAUGGCGGAGAACGUACGGGCAUUACUGAUGGCGGAGAACGUGCGGGCAUUACUGAUGGCGGAGAACGUGCAGGCGUUAUUAAUGAUGGAGAACACGCGGGCAUUAUUGAUGGCGGAGAACGCAUGGGUGAUAUUGAUGGCGGAGAACGCGCGGGCGUUAUUGAUGGUGGAGAACUCGUGGGCGUUAUUGAUGGCGGAGAACUGGCGGGCGUUAUUAAUGGCGGAGAACUGGUGCGUGAUAUUGAUGGCGGAGAACGCGCGGGCGGUAUUGAUGGCGGAGAACGCGCGGGCGGUAUUGAUGGCGGAGAACGCGCGGGCGUUAUUAAUGGCGGAGGACGCGUGGGUGAUAUUGAUGGCGGAGAACGCGCGGGCGGUAUUGAUGGCGGAGAACGCGCGGGCGGUAUUGAUGGCGGAGAACGCGCGGGCGUUAUUAAUGGCGGAGGACGCGUGGGUGAUAUUGAUGGCGGAGAACGCGCGGGCGGUAUUGAUGGCGGAGAACGCGCGGGCGGUAUUGAUGGCGGAGAACGCGCGGGCGUUAUUAAUGGCGGAGGACGCGUGGGUGAUAUUGAUGACGGAGAAUGCGUGGGCGAUAUUGAUGGCGGAGAACGCGCGGGUGAUAUUGAUGGCGGAGAACGCGCGGGUGAUAUUGAUGGCGGAGAACGCGCGGGUGAUAUUGAUGGCGGAGAACGCGCGGGUGAUAUUGAUGGCGGAGAACGCGCGGGUGAUAUUAAUGGCGGAGAACGCGUGCGUGAUAUUGAUGGCGGAGAACGCGCGGGUGAUAUUGAUGGCGGAGAACGCGCGGGUGAUAUUGAUGGCGGAGAACGCGCGGGUGAUAUUAAUGGCGGAGAACGCGUGCGUGAUAUUGAUGGCGGAGAACGCGCGGGUGAUAUUGAUGGCGGAGAACGGGCGGGCGUUAUUAAUGGCGGAGAACGCGUGCGUGAUAUUGAUGGCGGAGAACGUGCGUGCGUUAUUGAUGGCGGAGAACGCGCGGGUGAUAUUAAUGGCGGAGAACGCGUGCGUGAUAUUGAUGGUGGAGAACGUGCGGGUGAUAUUGAUGGCGGAGAACGCGUGCGUGAUAUUGAUGGCGGAGAACGCGCGGGUGAUAUUGAUGGCGGAGAACGCGCGGGUGAUAUUGAUGGCGGAGAACGCGCGGGUGAUAUUAAUGGCGGAGAACGCGUGCGUGAUAUUGAUGGUGGAGAACGCGCGGUCCUAAAGGCAGAUCCACCUUCUGUUGAAGUCCUAAAGACAGUUCCGCCCUCUGAUGAAGUCCAAAAGGCGGAACCACUCUCUAAUGAAGUUCUAAUAAAGGCGAUGCCUACCUCUGAUGAAGUCCUAAAGGUGGACCCAUCUUGUGAUGAAGUCCUAAAGGCGGGCCAUCCUCCGAUGAAGUCCGCGGAAACAAUUUGA